AUGUCCAAACCUCGAAUUCCUAUUACUGUCGAGGAGAUCAGGGCAACAAAGAACGUUCGCAGCCUGCAAGAAAUGUGCUUAAAUUUGAAGAAAAACUAUGAUGAAGUAACUUCAAAUCUUAGGUUCAUUAAUUCUCUUUACAUUAAGGCCAAAACAGAUUUAGAACAGAAAACAUCAACGCCUGACAACAUACAAGCGAAAUAUGCUGCGAUGGAAAACUUUCAACGGAAGGCUUUAUUUAAUAACCAACAGAUCGCUGAACUGGCUGCACAAAAUCCUUCAUCUACUGCGACCGAUGAGGAGAAAAUUCAAUACUAUCAGUCUAAAAUCAAAAAUAUUCAACAAAUUAUAAAAACAGAACAGAGCGAAUUAGAAAAGAUAGCGCAAAUCCAGACUACAGAUACAUCGCCGCAUGCAAAGCUCCGCAGAAAAAAUGAAAUGGUCACUGAAAAACCUACAGAUUCUGAUUCAUCAAUUAAAUCUAUAAUGAAAAGGCUCCAGGACGAGAACAGUAAGCUGAAAAGUGAACUGGAUGUUGCUGCAAAGAGAAUCGCUCGCUUGGAACAAGAAAAUGAACAAAAUAAAGCGACUCAAAAUUCAUCAUCAGUCGAAAGGAAAUAUAACGUCAUAAAAGAUAAAGCCAGAAAGAUGAACGCCGAGUUGGAAGAGGUAAAACGCGAAAAUGAACUACUUAAAAAACAAAUAAUUGUUUUAUCAAGAAAUUCAGCUUCUGCGAAACGAGAUAGCGAUGGAACCCGUAACUCAAGAAAAUUAUCACUCACACCUACUUAUUUGGCCGCUUCUUCCUCUUCUUCUUCAGUUAAUCGUUAUACUCCAAAAACUCCAAAGAAUCCAACCAUUUUCAAGGAUAUCGAUGAAAACAGUAGCAGGACAUCAUCAUCGUCCGUCAAAAUUCCAACGACUCCCGAUAAAGAUUUGCAAAUAUUACAACAUAAGGUCACAAAGUCAAUUCGCGACUCGAGUAGCCUAGAUGAGAACUCCAGCAAAUAUGCAGAAGCGACGAAGCUUAUGAUUAACACCAAGAAAAAAGAAUUGGCCGAUGCAAUUUCAGAAAAAGAGGCCGCAGAAGAACGCAACAAGGCUGCCAAAGCUGAAUUUGAGCAGAAGAAGGCGGAAUACGACCGAGAAAUCGCAGCUGUUAAUCAAAGAAGAGAAAAAAUCAGAUUAUCUACUGAAAAGUUCGAGAAACAGAUCAAUGAGGUAUCAGAAGAGAUCAAACGGUUACGAGCGAUGAACAUUGAUGGUAAGAAAUCCUUGGAACAAGUUGAAAGAACAAUAAGAGACGGAACAGAGAAAAUUAACCGAAGAAGGAACAGUUUACUCGUCCAGGUGAACAUGCAGAAGGAGAAAUUGGCCUCUAGAGAGAAAGAACUCCAGAAAGUCCAAGAAGAAUUGAACCAUAUAGAUGAUGAACCUCAAGAAAGCAAAAUAACUCCAUCGCCGCUCUCAGUGGAUCCUCCUAAGAAGGAGCCAAAGCGAUUCCCGCCUCUUCCUCCAAGAAGUAAAUCAGAAUCUCAUAAUUAUUCUGCUCAACAACAACAAGUAGCAGAAGCACAUAAUACAGAUGACCUCAACAAAUCAACAGAUAAAGAUAAAACUGAAUUAAACGCGUCAAAUAUCGAUGAAGAUGACGAUUUUUCAGAUUUAAAGCCGAUUUCGAAGCCAACGAAGCCAACAUUCCAAAUACCAUCGAAUAACAAUACAAACAAACCUCAAACAAACGAAAAAUCCCAAAAUGAUUCGAAUACAAAACAAAAUACACCGAAAACAUCUACAGAAAAGCCGAAAUUACCACCGCCAGAUGAUGACGAUGAUGAUUUCUCUGACUUAAAGCCAAUAAAUAAGUCAAAUCAGCCAACAUUACAAAUAACACCAAAACAGAACCAACAGAAGCCAUCAUUACAUCCUCCAGACGACGAUGAUGACUUUUCAGACCUCAAACCAAUAAAUAAACCACCACAACAGACAAUUCAAAUAAAUCAGAACAAAUCUCGAGUUCUUCUACCUCCUGAUGAUGACGAUGAUGAUUUCUCUGACUUGAAACCAAUAAACAAACAAAAUCAGCCAACUCUACAAAUAUCUCCGGAGAAGGACACAGAAAAACCAAAAUUGCCACUGCAGGACGAUGACGAUGAUUUUUCAGACCUCAAACCGAAGAAUUCCCCUCAAAAAGCUACACUAAAACUAAAUAAUGACGAUGAUGACGAUGAUUUCUCGGAUUUGAAGCCUGCAAACAAACAGACACAACCAACACUACAGAUAAAACCGAAAGCCACGAUAGAAAAACCAAAUACAGAUGAAAAUAACACAUCUAAAAAUCUUCCACCGCCAGAUGACUCAGAUUUCGACAAUUUCGAUGCUCUCGAGCCAGUACAAGAGAGUUCGAACACGUCUAGGCGUGUAAGUAUGGCAGAUGAAGAGUUAGAUUUCGAUGAUGAUGAAUUUGCUGAUCUUAAACCAAUAAACGUUGUACCGCCGAUCCUUUCAUUGAAGCCAGAACCGAAAGCAGAGCCUAAAACGCUUCAGGUCAACCUAGAACAUGAAGUUCCUAAACCUCAAGCGAAACCAGGCCUUGCAAAGUACGUAGCUGAUGACGACAACAUCGAUAACAUCAUGGAAGACGAGAAUAUUGACGCUGACGAGCUCAAAAUCCAACCUACAACUCCAUCAUCCAAAUUACCCCUUUACAAGAUGUUUAUCGACUCAGAUGAGGACAAUUCGCAGCCUUCAGGCGAUGUCCCGCUGAGACCAGUCAUCGGAUCCUUCGCGGCGAGGAGAACAAUGCCUGCAGGGAUGAUGGCCAUCAAAAAACCGUUAAGGAAACUUCCCCCUCCCGAUAGUGAUGAAUUCGACAAUUUUGACAACCUGGAGCCAAUGGACAGCUCCCAGGAUAGGCUAAAGAUUGCUCGGAACUCAAGUACUCCUACUCUUUCGGAAAUUGAAAUGGAUGAUGAGUUUUCUGACUUGAAACCGAUCAAAAGCAGACCGGCUCCUUUGCAGCUUAGCCCAGGCAAUGACAAAACCGGCAAAGAACUCAUAAAACUCGGAGAAAAAGAAAAUAUCGAUGAUUUAUUCCGAAGUUACGAGGGAGACUUGGUCAUCAAAGUAUCACCAAAGAAGGCAAACUUCCAAGUUGGAACAUUGCAAAGACAGCACGGCAGCGCCAAAAAGGGAGAUGACGCAGUAUCAAUCGCAGACAUCAUAGAGAAGGUCCCUGAAGAGAUGAGAAAGGGGCCACAGACACCAAUAACAUUUGACGACCAACAUUCAUUCGAUUAUUCGAAGUUUGUCGGUGAUGUAAAGACUCAUAACGAUGAAAUGAAGCACGCGAAGUUUGGACUGCCCCAGGAUCCUCUCAGCAAUGAGGAAAUUGCUACUGAGUUCGCUGGUAUAUAA